AAAUCCAAUGGUAGCGGCACACGAUUCGAUCGUAGUGGUACACGAUUCGACCGUAGUGGAAAGCGAUUCAACCGUACUGGCACGGGAUUCAACCGUGGAUACACGCAUUCGAUCGUAGUGGCAUGCGAUUCGAAGCAGGCGGUUUGCGAUUCGAACGUAGCUGGAAACAGGUUUGUAUAGUAUCCAGCGGAACAUCGAAGAAACCCCAUUUGGGGUGGGCAAAGACCACAACCGAAACCGAAUAGCUGAUGAAGAUAUCGUAUUGGAAUUGCAGUAUCAAGUAGAUUGGAGAGUUUAUGUUGCAAUAAUGCCUUACAAAUGGGAGCCACGAAAAGAGCUUGUUUUGGCCGAAGCAAUUCAGUCCAGGCUACUACAUCAGUAGGCAACAGCCAAGAAACACAGCAAAACUUGAGAGUUUCUUCGGGAAACCAACACCAGCACAGCAAUCGAUUGAGAAGAUUGCGCUCUGCUAGUCAAUCAACUUCUGCAACUAGCUUGAACAAUUUAAACAAUAAUAGCAACAACGCAGGGUCUACCUCCUGCUUAUCUGCCGGUAAUAAUACAACGAAUAGUACUGGCAACUCUAUCAUCAGCAAUAUUACCAAUAAUAUUACAAGUACCACCAACAACAAUACUAUUACCUACAACCACAACAAUUGCAGUACGCUGAGACAUCAGCGCCAUCAUCAACAUCAUCUGUACACGAUCCGAUCUAGUACUUCUAGUACAACUUCAACAGCAGUCAACACGGGGGGUCUAAUAUCAAGAGUAUUUGAUCAUAGCAACAGUAGUGGCAGAAGCGAUAGCUCUCCUCAUUGUACCAACACCACUAGUCCAGCUGCUUCUGUUACCAGCUGUACUACGAUAUCAUUACCUGUCGUCUCUGAAAAUUAUUCUAGUAGUAGUAGUGUACCUGGAUUGGGUAGUACUGCCACUGGAAUUGGAAGCAAUUCACGACGAGCUUCCCCUAGUGAAAAAAAAAAACAUCUCCAAAAUAAAAACGAUGAUAAGAUGGAUGAAAAAAAGUCACAACAACAGAAACCCCCUGUCAAACAGCAUCAACACCUGCGUGAUACAACCCCAAUUAGUCGGAAAGGGGGAAAUCGCAAAGAUACAGAAGCAGAGGGAGGAAAAAGUACUUCGGCCAUCAAUGCAACUUCACCAAAGAAACGUAAUACAGUCAGAUAUCACGGAAUGAUAUCAAAGAUAUCCUCCGUACCUACUGAUAAAGAAAAAAAAGAAUCUACCGAGUCCAUGGAAGAUUACAAAUCUGUUGGCGAUAUAGAAGAUUAUGAAUUAAGUAGACAAUGCCAGGAAGAUGCAAUUAUCGCAGAACAAGAUAAUGUUAAAGAUCAUCCUUCAUCUACAUCAAACACAGCACAUCUUGAGCAUAAUGAAGAAGAAACCGUGUCCAAAGACGGUGGGAUACAUUCUGUAGUGAAUGUGAAAGAAACAAGUUGUUCGAAAGCGCUUACUAACGACUCUGGAAUUGAUGGUGAACAACAGUUAUCCAAUCCUCAUUUAGAUGAAAAUGGAAUAGUAGAAGAUGAAGAUGAUGGGGCUUUUGGUAGUAAUCCAUACGACAGGAAUAAUGAAGUUCGCCAGAAAGAUACAAGUAAAGUUAAAUUACUGGAAGAUGGCUCACGUGGGUCGGACAGUUCACAAAGUCGAACUAUUCUUCGCUUUGUACGAAAAAGCCUGGAAAAUACGGCUAUGUCAGUUAUAUAUUCGAAAAACUUCAUCGAAAAUGAAACGAUUGAGACAGAAUACCCCCGCAAUCUGGACGAUAAUAUUGAAUUAUUGAGCAGAGAAGCAGAAAACUUGGCUUUGCAAUUUAAGCCUUCUGAAGAAAAGCUAGUGCAAUAUGGUCCAAUAUUUGAUCUUGAGAAGUUUGAGGAACAACGCAAGCAACAAAAAAAGGAAGACGAUGAAGAUGAAGCGAUUGGCAUUUCUCCCUGUGGGCGUUUUCUGAAAUAUGAUAAGGAAGUCGGAAGGGGAUCAUUCAAAACCGUGUAUCGUGGGUUGGAUACCCAGACUGGUGUUGCCGUUGCAUGGUGUGAAUUACUGGAAAAGAAAGUAAAUCGGGUUGAGCGAACCCGAUUUCGGGAAGAAGCGGAAAUGUUAAAAAAAUUACAACAUCCAAACAUUGUAAGAUUUUAUAAUUACUGGGAAGCGGCACCAACGAUUGGAAACAAGAAGAAAAAUAUAGUUCUAGUUACUGAGCUUAUGCUUUCCGGCACAUUGAAAUCAUACUUGCGACGUUUUAAAAAAAUCAAUCCAAAAGUACUGAAGUCCUGGUGUCGGCAAAUUCUAAAAGGGUUGCAUUUCUUGCAUUCACGCACACCGCCUAUCAUUCAUCGUGAUUUGAAAUGUGAUAAUAUAUUUAUAACUGGUACGACAGGGAGCGUUAAGAUAGGAGACCUAGGAUUAGCCACAUUGAAAAACCGUAGCUUUGCAAAGUCGGUUAUUGGUACACCAGAGUUCAUGGCACCCGAAAUGUAUGAGGAACAUUAUGACGAAGCAGUUGAUGUGUACGCUUUUGGCAUGUGCAUGUUGGAAAUGGCUACCUCAGAGUAUCCGUACAAUGAAUGCAAUACACCAGCACAGAUUUACAAAAAAGUGACUUCUGGUGUAAAACCGCAAAGUCUAGAUAAGGUGGAAAACCCAGAGGUACGUGAGAUCAUCGAACGAUGUAUACAUGAUAAAAAAGAAGGACGACCAACGUGCAAGGAGCUUUUAAACUGUGAAUUUUUUUGCGAAGAUAUUGGUAUUCGGUUGGAACCUAUGUCAAAAGAUAUUUUCCUAACAAAUCCUGAAACCGUCCGUAUGGAAUUUCGGCUACGUAUCAUGGAUCCUAAAAAGCGUGUUAACAAACACAAAGAGAAUGAAGCCAUUCAAUUUGAUUUCGACAUUCGAGUAGAUGAUGCUGAAGAAAUUGCUAACGAAAUGUAUAGAUCGGGUAUACUAAUGGAGGAUGAUUCUAAAACAGUAGCAAAAAUUCUCAAAGUUCAAAUUCAAACAUUAUUAAAAGAACGGGAAGAAAGAGCUAGGCAACAACAGGUAGAACAAGAAAAAGAGACUCUCCAAAAGCAAGCACUCAUUGCACAACAACUUUACCAACAGCAGCAAUUGCAACAGCAGCUGGAAAAUGACUUGCAAGUGACUGAACUGCAAGUUCCACAGAUGACGCAACAAGGAGCUAUUCAACAAUCACAGCAGCAACUCUCACAGGGAUAUUAUCAACCUUCUUCGCUUCCAUCAUCACAAGCACAACAAACAAUAUACCAACAACAGAUUUCCGUGGGAAAUGAGCAAUUACAGCAAAACUUUCAGCAACAUGCAGUUAGUAGUCAAUUUGCUUUAGGGCAACUACCAUUGCAGCAACCCAUGUCGCAGCUGCAGCAGGAACAGCAGACACUUAAUCAAAUGGCUCCGAGUCAACCAACUCAAGCUAAUAUAGCUCCAACACAGCAACCUAAUUAUAUUUCACAGCAAGUAUUUGUCGAUUCCCAGCAACAGCAGCAAUAUCUCCUACAAUUACAACAGCAAACGACACAUCAAGGACAAUCUCAAGGAACAAAUCUGCAAUAUAUAAACCAAAUCGGUGCACAACAACAAUUGGUGCAACAAAUUUUACAUCUACAACAACAAAAUUUAGCUAUGAUGCAACAACAGCAGCAACAAGCCGAGUUACAAGAACAAAUAUCUACCCUAGAACAACAGCUCCAAGGUAUCAUACCAAUUCAUAGUCAACCAGCUCAAACAGCAGAACAGCAACAACUACAGCAACAAGAACAACAACAAGAACAGCAACAUGAACAACAACAAACGCAAGGACAAGAUGAAAAACAAACGCAAGAACAAGAUGCACAACAAGCACAUGGAAAAGAUCGACAAGAAAAACAAGAAAAACAACAACAACCGCAAGAACAAGAUGAACAACAAACACAAGGAAAAGAUCAACAACAAACAAGCAACAGCGGCAAGGGCAAGGGCAAGAGCAAGGGCAAGGGCAAGGGCAAGGGCAAGGGCAAGGGCAAGGGCAAGGGCAAGGGCAAGGGCAAGGGCAAGGGCAAGGGCAAGGGCAAGGGCAAGGGCAAGGGCAAGGGCAAGGGCAAGGGCACGGGCACGGGCACGGGCACGGGCAAGGGCAAGGGCAAGGGCAAGGGCAAGGGCAAGGGCAAGGGCAAGGCCAAGGGCAAGAGCAAGCGGCAAGAACAAAAGCAGCAGCGGCAAGAACAAAAGCAGCAGCGGCAAGAACAAGAGCAGCAGCGGCAAGAACAAGAGCUGCACCGGCAAGAACAAGAGCAGCAGCGGCAAGUGCAAGAGCAGCAGCAGCAACAGCAACAGUCACUGCAUCAACAGCAACAGUCUCUACAACAACAAACACAGCUCCAAUCGCAGCAACAAAAACAUGUUAUGUAUGUGCAUCAUCAAACCCAACAGGCUACCAAUAAUCUUUUGCAUAAUCCGGCAGUUCAAUUACAAGCAAAACAAAAUAAAUAUACGCCCGAAAAUGUUUGCAAUAACAAGCAGUCAUUGUUGCAGCAAAAUACUAUUGUCCAACAUCAUACAUCGUCAAUAUUACAUCAUUUAGAUUUACAAUCAGAUGAAAUCAACUCUCAAAUUACCAACACGAUACCGAUGCAAAAUUCUCAGACGAUACAACAGUCUUUGCCUGUUCCUGGAACCAUCCAGCAAAUAGUAAUUUCGCAGUCUAUAUCAGAAGUCACUUUUCAACAUGAUCAGGAUCCUUCAAACGAUGUCCUAAAUCGAGCUGUGUGGGAUAAAGACAAACCUUCUCGCGAGGGACAACUACAAUAUCAACAGCAAAUUAUGGAAAAGCAAUCAAUGCAUACCAUUCAUAAAAAUGUUGGAAAUCCAAAGACCAUAACGUCAUUUGGCGUAACACAGUUACAUCCAAGUGUACCCUCGUCCAAUUCUUGCUGUAGUAGCAAUAACAAUACUCAUCAAGGAUCAAAUGCAAUACAUAUUAUUGAAACAACAGCUACUGGAAGUUCGAACACUUCAUAUGCUAUACAAGAUCAGAUAGUAUCAACAGAUUCCCCUUCCCUUCAGACUGCGUUGCCAAAAAGAUUUACUAACGAAAUGAAAAAGCGUCGUAAUCAUCGUUCGACGGAACGAAACCCAAAAUUACACGUUCUCGGAUACCAAAAUAAUGUCAUUGAAUGCGAGAUGGAAAAUCGACCAAAAACUAUAAAGUUUAAAUUCGACCCAACCAAUGUUAACCCAGUUGAGGUAGCUCAAGAUCUUGUCAAACAAGAUUUACUAAGCGAUUCGCAGACAUCAGUUUUCAUUGAUAUGGUUCGCGAUAUUCAACGACAAUUAAAGGAAAAUCCAAAUCAACUACCAAUUGCUUCUCAAUGCUAUCGUCGUUCCAUGGAAAAGGUGCGCCAUGCGUCUCUAACACGCCAGCGAUCGAAUUUUAAAACACAUCAGAGACAUAGAUCUCGUGAUGAAACGUCGACAACAGCAGCAAAUUUUACCUAUAUCUUUGAUCCAACAAUCAUUGACCGGCAAACUCUUGGUACUGGAAUUUCAAGCACUACAUCAUCCUCGACGUCUUCUUCCCCGUUAUCUCAACAACAAGUUAACGCGGUAUUGAUAUCCUCACACUCAAACAUUGGAGCAAUAUCAAUAGAAAAAUCAGAGCUAGGAGAUGAAAAUAAAGCUGAUUUGACAUUGCCACCUUUACUUCACGAUAAAGAUUUUAUAAACAGUGAGGCCGAUCGAAGAAAUGACAACCACCAGGGGAUUAUGACAUAUGUUUCCACACUAACUGAUGAAAGUGCAAAUGAUAAUAAUAGCAGUUGCGAUGAAAACUCACGCAAAGCUAGUACUGUUAGUACAGAUUACACAUCGCAUGAGAACACGCCGGAAAACACUAUUACAUCUGGGAGCAACCUAGAUAUUUUGAAUCCUACUUCUAGCAUUGGUGAACAUGAUACCACCAGUACUGUACCAGUAGUAUCAGACGAAUGUCAAUUAAUGACACAGUUGAUUCCAAAUGAAGAAUAUUUUGCAGCGCACGAUACCAAUGCAAUAAUGGCUAAUCAUAACGAACGCUCACAAGAGAGUAAUUCUACCUCAGUGCCAUUACACCUAACUGCAGCAAGUGAUCCAGUUGAUGGUGCUUUACUUUCUACAGCCAUCAAUAAUCUUCCCGUACAGAAAUCUUCUAGUCAAAAUAUUUAUCAGCCAUUAAAAUCAAAUAUAAACUGUAUUGAAACAGAUUGUAACAAAGAUGAAAUGGUUCUUCAAGGUGUCGAUGAUAUGUCAACGCAUCUUUCUGAUGUAUGUAAAGAAGAACCAGUGCUCAUCGAACCAAACAAAACGCCCAUGGCUACCCCUCAACUGAAAGAACGAAAGUUAUCACGUUUUUCUGUGACACCUGUUGCUUUGCCGCGUGUAUUAGAUGACAACGAGCUUCCAACGAGUUCAUUAUUAGCUGUGGUGGAUUCAGGUACCGCUAAUGCAUUAGAUGAUUGCGAGCAUCCAACGAACUCGUUAUUAACCGAGGUGGAUUCAGAUAUAGCUAGUACUUUGCAAACUGAGACGCAAUUAAAACAUGUAGAAGAAGUAGAGAACUCUUUGGCGGAACCUACGCAGCAAAUAACAACCUCUGUGGAGAACUCCUUACAACAUGAUUCGCUUGAAUAUGCUACGCAAAGUAUGACAAUCCAACAGUCAUUAACUAUGGAAAACGCGGAAUCGAUUCCUUCUAAUCUCGAAAAUUUACUACACCAACAAGAAGUUUUCGUGCAACAUCAGUUGACAGAUAUGGAAAAUCAUCAAAUUCAAGAUUCUUUUAAUGUUCAACCAAUCACAGAUAUUACCGAUGCAACUGCGGUUCAACACCAGCAACUGCAACAGCAGAUGCAAUAUCACAUACAUCAGCAGCAACUACAACAAUUGUCGAUGCAACAACAACAACUGCAACAACAACAACAUCAAUUGCUACAACAACAACAACAACUGAUUCAACAGAAUCAACAAAUCAAACCAACAGAUCAGAUUGGCUUGAUAUCUGGACAGGUUUCUGCCGAUCUAGGAUUGCGUGAAUUGAUGUCUAACAGCAAUCGAAUGCCGGAAACAUUGGAACAGCUUAAGAUCGGCUUGGAAAACAUAACACAUGUUCAUGUGAAUACGAAUAAAUCAAGCGUUUCAACUGGGCUAUCUUCGCAAACUAGCACUACAGCACUUUCCGCGAUGGUUUCUCCGCAUACUGUCCCUUGUUCUUUACCCACAGAAACUGAGCACUCGCAGGAUUUGCAGCAGCAGCAGCAAACGCAGGUGAUAUUUUAUCAAUCAGAAGAAUGUAUCAUAUCGGAUCCAGCCGCGGUUCCUUGGGAUGAACCAAAUGACGCAGUCACAGUCAGCGAUGUCCCUUCCAAAAUCCAAGAUUAUGUCGUUGAAGGAACAACUUACGCAGCAGUCGUGGCAGGCGAAUUUGUGUCGCUAUCUGCUCAACAAAAUAACGUACCAUCGUUAGAUCCAUCAUCUACCGUUGAAUCAGUUGAGCAUUCUCAACAAUACGCAUCGAGACGUACAUCUGCUGAGCUAAGCAACAUCUCUGCUGUCGUUGAUUCGUUGGAGGCAAACACGAUACAACAAUUAUCAGAAGAAUCUAAUAGUGGCGUUGAAUCGAGUAUUUCUAUUGCCUGCGAAAAACAACUUCCAAACCACGAAAGUGUAGAUCGUAUAGACAGUUCUAGCAAUCUGACAACCCUGCAGUUGAAGUUGUCACAGCUGACAGUUUGCGCAGAAUCACCAAAGGUCACGGAUCACCAUACUUUAACGCAACAAUUGCAUUCGGUUGUUUGCAGUCCUUCUGAUGAACCCAGCACCACUAUUAAUAUGUCGAAUGAUUCCAGACCUUUGAUAAGAAAAGUGUCGCGUUUCCAGGUUCACACCGUACAAGAAUCUCCCUUUUCGGUUGAAUUGCCAUCGAAUGCGCAACAUGAUCUUGUCAGUACUGCGAUGUCUGUUGACGUCCCUACGAGUACGGCAUUCUCAUCUCCAACGGAUGAAAAAUCUUCGCAAUACCAACAACAAACGGCAACGGUUGUUUGUGAAGUUUCUACUACAAAUGAUCUAGAAGCGAUGUUGAAUCAAGUGCUUCCAAAAACUCCAAACAUGGAAACAACUGCACCGAAUUUCAUCAAUACGAAUUCCUCUCAGGGUAUCAUUCAACAAGCAACAACACCAACAACUUCUUUGCAGCUGCUGCAUAGUGCAUCUCCUUCAACGGAUUCAGAUACACAAGAGCAGAUGAUAGAAAAUCAACACGCUACCCACGGAAUAAGUAUACAACAUCCAUCACACACACAAAUGCAAAUACAAGGAGAGGUUGCGAUAGGAACAAAUUCACAUACUGACAUACAAUCUUCAUUAAUGGACGGCACUAGUUAUACUAUCGUGUCUCAACAGCCUCUACAAUCUCAAACUCUUACAAGUUCACAAUCACAGCAACCACAACCUUCACCAGAGCCAACAUUUAACAAUGCCGAUAUCGAUAAUAAUUUGAUUGCCAUUCAAAAUCAUUUAUACGGAUUGUCAUUAAUGCCAAACUCAAGGCAACAACUACAACUAUUAUUGCAAAAGCAGCACAUCGAACAUGAGGAGUUGAAGCUACGCCACUUUUUAGAAUUAGAAAAGUUUCUAAAACAGCAAAACGAGGAAAUGAAACCGACGCAGGUCAAUGUGUCUUCUGGUCCUCCUGCGACAUGUAAUUCGCCACCAACAACGAAUCCUUCGCCGCACGUUGAUCUUCAAUCUGAAAAUCAGCAAAUGAUCUCAAAUCAACCAGCGCAAUCGAUUUUCGUAGUACCUAUUUCAGCACCCGUUACGAUGACGCAAAUAACAUCGCCUUCCGCAACUCCUGGUAAUCUUGUUGCAUUUGAUGUAAACUCCGUGGGAACACUAGCCAUGUCAACAGGAUCAUCUGGAACUGGAAGCAGUACCGACGCAGACCUGCAAGAAACAAUUCUAACAUCAAAUGCGUCCAAUACUAUGGAUACGAUCACUAUUUUACAACAUUAGUAACAACUGCACCAUCUCCAGCAUCAGACAGAACCUGAAUUGCAAUAGCAACAACUGCAACUGUGAACCGUUUCAACAACAUAAGUAAUGCAGGCAUUUCGCCUUCGUAAAUAAAUCCCAAUGUUGUCUUAAAAUGUGUAUCAAAUGUCUCAAAACAAAACAAAAACUCAGUAAUUGCUAAAAUCGAGAGAAAGGUAUAAAUAUAAAAACAUAAAUAAUAACAUAUAUAUGCAUUAGUUUGCUUAUAUAAUUCAAAUAUGUUGUUUAAAUAAAAACCUACAACUUAAGCCAUUCUUACAACUCAAGGUUAUUUAGUUAACGGUACGGUAGAUUUUUGUUUUAUUUGUUUUUGCUUUAAUUUGGGAAGAAAAUACGUUAAUAACUACGAAAUGUAAAUUUAACAAUAUUUACGUGGUAGAGUGGAAGUGUUAAUAUCGAAAUAUAUUGCUAUGUGAAAUAUUGUAAAAGAAGUGGAAUAUAAAUUCCUGCAGAUUGUAUAUAACUAACUUAAAAAGUGAGUUAAGCUGUAUCAUAAAGAAAUAAACUGUAGAAUGAUUGUAUAAUUGUUCUUAAUGACGGCAGUUGAUACCGUCCCACGAUCAAGAGAGGUAUACAUUGAACAAAUUUGACUUCUUAGAUAGUUGUAUCCAUCAAUGCAUGAAAAAGUAGAUGGAUUUAAUGCCAAUAAGCGAUAACAUUGAAAAUGAUAAUUUUCGUGGGCUUGAGUUAUUAACAAAAAAUGGCGUAAGCCCUUCGUGUAAAAAAGUACUUUGCCGGGCCACUAUGUUGGGUGGUUUAUAAUAUAAUCGGUUAAAUAUAACAUAUUGCAAAUAUUACUUUCAGUGUGGCAUGAGUAAACAAAGCAUAAAAUAAACACUUAAAGGUUCAGCAUCCGAAUAUAUGAAAAAUCAUGAGGCACAUGGCCUAAGGUCGAGUUUAUGAAUCUGCAAUUAGGAAUUUCUGUUAAAAGAAUUGAGCACUAAAAAACGUGUAUCAUACUUGUAAAUAAAACAGACAAAUGAGGCCAAUCGGCAUAAAGACUCUAUAAAAAUAAACAAACAAAAAAUACGUGUAAAUAAAUAGUUGAUGGCAUAAUAAUUUGAGCCUUUACUAACCGCA